CCCCGCCCCCGCCGCUCUCGGGGCUCUCGCGCUCGCAGCGGGGCCGUUCCGGUGCCGGUGCCGGUGCCGGGCCCCCCCCCCGGGCCGAGCUGUGGCCGGUUCCGGGCGCGGAGCGGGGCAGCGGCCACCCCCCUCCCGGAGCGCGGCCGGGGCGGGAGCAUGCGGAGCCUCCUCAUCCUCCUCUGCCUGCUCAGCGCCGCCGGGACCCGCGGGCAAGCGCUGCAGACGCGGUUCGUGGAGGAGCCCGAGGACCAGACCGUGGUGGCCGGGCACAGAAUCGUCCUCUCCUGCGUGGUGCUCAACUACUCCGGCAUCGUGCAAUGGACCAAGGACGGCCUCGCCCUGGGCAUGGGGCAGGGGCUCAAAGAGCCUGCUCCCAGCUCCCUGUGCAGCGAUCCCGGCUGCGGUGGGGCUCAUGGCAUGGGCCCCAGCAGCGAAGCAUGGGCCUGGCCGCGGUACCGCAUCGUGGGCACGGCGGACUCGGGGCAGUACAACCUGGAGAUCAGCGACGCCGAGCUCUCCGAUGACGCUGUGUACGAGUGCCAGGCCACCGAGGCUGCGCUGCGCUCGCGCCGCGCCAAGCUCACCGUGCUCAUCCCCCCCGAGGACCCCACCAUCGAUGGAGCCCCCGAGAUCCUGCUCCGUGCGGGGACCCCGUACAACCUGACGUGCCGGGCCCGCAGCGCCAAGCCAGCGGCCACCAUCGUCUGGUACCGCGACGGGCUCCAGCAGGAUGGAGCCAUCACCAGCACGGAGGUGUUGGCCGAUGGCAAGAGGGAGACAACCACGAGCCAACUGGCCAUCAACCCAACGGACCUGGACAUCGGGAGGGUGUUCUCCUGCCGCAGCACCAACGAUGCCAUCCCGGCGGGCAAGGAGACCUUCGUCAAGCUCAAUGUUCACCACCCCCCGACCGUCACCCUGUCCAUCCAGCCCCAGACGGUGCAGGAGGGCGAGCGAGUUGUCUUCACCUGCAUGGCCACCGCCAACCCUGAGAUCAGAGGCUACAGGUGGGCCAAAGGGGGGGUGAUCAUCGAGGACGCCAAGGAGAACAAGUACGACACGCAGGUGGACUACACCUUCUUCACGGAGCCCGUCUCCUGCGAGGUGCACAACGACAUCGGCAGCACCAACGUCAGCACGCUGGUGGACGUGCACUUUGCGCCUCGGAUCGUGGUGGACCCCAAACCCACCGUCACGGACAUCGGCUCCGACGUGACGCUGACGUGCGUGUGGUCUGGCAACCCACCGCUCACCCUCACCUGGACCAAGAAGGAGUCCAACAUGGUCCUGAGCAACAGCAACCAGUUGUACCUCAAGUCCGUCACUCAAGCCGACGCGGGGCAGUACAUCUGCAAAGCCAUCGUGCCCCGCAUCGGCGUUGGCGAGCGCGAGGUCACCCUCUACGUCAACGGACCCCCCAUCAUCUCGAGCGAGGCCGUGCAGUACGCGGUGCGCGGGGACCGUGGCAAGGUGGAAUGCUUCAUCGGGAGCACGCCGCCGCCGGACCGUAUCGCAUGGGCCUGGAAGGAGAACAUCCUGGAGGCAGGGACGCUGGAGCGGUACACGGUGGAGAGGACCAACACGGGCAGCGGUGUCCUCUCCACGCUCACCAUCAACAACGUCAUGGAUGCAGACUUCCAGACCCGCUACAACUGCACGGCCUGGAACAGCUUCGGGCCGGGAACAGCCAUCAUCCAACUGGAGGAGAAAGAGGUUUUGCCCGUGGGCAUCAUUGCCGGGGCCACCAUCGGGGCCAGCAUCCUCGUCAUCAGCUUCCUCGUGGCACUCGCCUGCUUCCUCUACCGGCGCCGGAAAGGAAGCCGCAAGGACGUCACCCUGCGCAAGCUGGACAUCAAGGUGGAGACCGUGAACAGGGAGCCGCUGACGCUGCACACGGACCGGGAGGAGGACACGGCCAGCGUGUCCACGGCCACCCGCGUCAUGAAGGCCAUCUACUCGUCAUUCAAGGACGACGUGGACCUGAAGCAGGACCUGCGCUGCGACACCAUCGACACCCGCGAGGAGUACGAGCUCAAGGACCCCACCAACGGCUACUACAACGUGCGCGCUCACGAGGACCGCCCGUCCUCCCGCACCGUGCUCUACGCCGAUUACCGGGCACCGGGCGCCGGGCGCUUCGACACGCGCCCGCCCUCGCGCCUCUCGCACUCCAGCGGCUACGCUCAGCUCAGCACCUACAGCCGGGGCCCCGCCGCCGAAUACACCCCGGAGCCCGCCCCGGCGCCCGGCCCCGCGCCCGGCGGCGACACCGCGAGCCAGCUCUCCUAUGAGAACUACGGCGGCCACGCGGCGUUCCCCGCCGGCGCCGCGUACCCCACGUACCGGCUGGGCUACGGGCAGCCCCCCAGCAUGGAGCGGGCGCCCUACGAUGCCUACGACCCCAUGGGCAAGUACAGCAGCGCCACGCGUUUCUCCUACACCUCCCAGCACUCGGACUACGGGCAGCGCUUCCAGCAGCGGAUGCAGACGCACGUCUGAGGGCGCGCAGGGGAUGGGAGGCACAGGCACAAAAAAGGGGGGUCCCACAGGUACCUCACGACUGUCCCCUGAUAUUCAGGGGCUCAUCCUGACCCUCCUGCCGCUCCUCCGCCGGUGGCUGGGCUCCAAGCGUCGCCCUGCCCCUGGGGAUGCGCCCUGGGCACUUCGAGCUUCCAUUCAUCCUGGUUCUUUCUGUUUGGUACCUUCCCAAUGGAGGGAGAGGGUUGGGGGGCACCAACCCCACUGAUCCCGCUCCCCCCCAGCCUCAGCGUGUGCGUGCGGGUCCACGCGGAUCCCCCCGGAUCCUUUCCAAAGCUCUGUGGGGCGGGAGCCUUCCUCCAUGGGUCCCCUGAUCCAGCUCCUCUGCAGGAGCGAGGGGCUGCACAUCCCAUCCCAUCCCCAUCCAUCCCAUCCCAUUCCCAUCCAUCCCAUCCCAUUCCCAUCCAUCAAAUCCCAUCCCAUCCCUGUGAGGGAGCUACUAUAUGUGUGUGCACACGUGGCUGUAGGUACAGACAUAUAGGCAACACCAAAAAAAGCCCCAUCCCAGCCCAUUCCCAUUCCCUGUGCCUUGAUUUUGGGGACAGCCUGCACCUGGGGCCGGCUUCCCCUUUCCCAUCCAUCCCACUGCCAGCCCUGCGCUCCCAUCAGGGGUCCCGGGGUGCUGCAGACCCCCACUCUCUGCACGCUCAGAGCGGGGCAUGGGCAGUGGUUCCAGGUUCUGCCUCGCUGGUGUCACCCCAAACCCACCCCAAGAACACCCCAUUGGUCCCACUGAUGUGGGGAUAGGGGGGUCCCUCUUCUGAAUGUAUAUACAGGUGUAAAUGGGGGAGGGAGCACCCCUCAGGCCUCCAGCAAGGGUUACUGCUCCACAAGCCCAUCCCUGGAACAUUCCCAAGGGUUUGGUGAUCCAAUGGAGCCAUGGACCGAGCUGGUGGGAGCAGGGAGGCACCAGGGCGAUGGGGACCCCAAUAUCCCACAGUGAGCUGGGGGUGCGAUGAGCUUUGGAGGAAGGCUGGAGGCACAGGAUGGGCUUUUGGGAUGGCGAGCCCCACACCUGGGCCCCUGCAGCCCCCCCUCCCAGGGUUAGGUACGAGCUCUGUCCCCAUCUGCAUCAUGGGGAUGCGCAUCAUGGUCCCCACCCCACUGCGCACCCCUGGAGCCAGGUACGAUUCCAAGGGGCUGCUGGGAGGGUUGGGAGGGGGGGGGGGGGGGGCAGAUCCAGCACAUCUUGGGGGUUCCCCACACCCCUCUUCUCCUCCUCACCCCCCCACAAGGUACUGUCAGCACCCAGCCGGAGCCUCCGACUGCAGGACCACGUGCCAUUUCUUGCAAUGGUGCCUGAUUUACCCCCCCCCUCCAACACCCCCAAACCCUCCCCUGCAUCCUUGGGGGGGGGGGACAGCCCCGUUUUGGGGUGCUGCACCCCACACCGAUAGCAAUACCCCCGCAGCAGCACGGGACCAGCCACCCCGGGCGCCGCACCAAGAAGCUGAAGCUUUAAAUCCAACCUCCCCCGGGGUGGGGAAGGGACACCCCCCCCCCCCCCGGCCAUGGGAGCCCCCCAAAGCUCCGGGUGAGGGGCCCCUUCCUUAGCACAGGCUGGUUUAGACCCCAGAGACACGUAUCUGUGAGCCCCCCCUCCCCAAAACCUCCCCAUUUUUUAUGUUUCCUUUUCCUUUCCUUUUGUUUUUAAAUAUUCUGUACUAUAUUUUUAGUCUUAAACACGAUAUAUUAUAUAUAUUUAAUUUUUUUAUAUAUAUAUAUAAAUAUAAAUGGUCCAAAAA